GCAAUGGAAAGUGAAAAAGAAUUGGCUCUGAUGAAUUCUUCAACCGCGGGAGAAGAUAAUGGAAAAACGCAAUUUUAUUGGACUAAAAAACAAGAGAUUAUGCUUAAAAUAUGGGAGCGUCAGAAGUUAGCGAAAGAUCGUAAACAUCCAAAACAUUUUGUAGACUGGGCAACGGAACUAAAAAACCGUUUCAAUGUGAUUGUGUCACCCGAGGAAAUGCUCUCUAAACGUAGCAAAAUUCAGGCUAAAUAUAGGCAAAUGAGAAAGAAAAUUCAGAACGGUAAUGGGAAGGAAAAUAUUCGCUGUAAGAAAUUUGAUGCAAUAUGCCAAAUUUUAGUUAACCAAUUUCGAAGGAAUGGUGAAUCUAUUCCUCUGAAAGAUGCAGAAAGUAAUGGCAACUUUGUCAAAAAGAGAAGAGCUAUUAGUUUAUUAUCCCAAGCGAAGCAUAGCAUUUCCACUGAAGAAAAUGCUACAACUGUGGUAGAUGCGGGAAUCCAGCAAGAACAAGGGAUUGCUGGUACCAGUGGUCAAAAUAAACGUAAACGACGGCAGAUGAAAGCUGUUCCAAAAAAAACUUUAGAGCAACAGAUUUUGGAAUUUGAGAAUCGAAAUCAACAGUCAUUAUCUCAAUGUACUGAAAUUAUGCUAGAAAUAACAUCAAAAAUUGAGCAAAUGAAUUCUAAAUAGUUUUCUAUAUAAUCUCAGUGCAAG